AUAAGGUAUUAAUUAGUUUGGCAAAGAAGCUUUUUAAUAGAAAAUGAAAAAAUUAUAUUUUUUUCUCCCUAGGCUCUGCGGCUAGGGUUUUCUCCCCAAUCUCAGACGGGGCUGUCCACAGUUUUUUUUCCAAUCUUCUUCUCAAUCCUUUCUUCUAAACUGAGUGGAUCUAUCAUCUAUGGAGAGAAUUCAACGGGAAAUGGCUUCAAUUGCCUUGUAUGAGGAGGAGAAUGAUGUUUUGUCCUUCUUAUCCGAAGGGGGUACUACCGACCUAGAAGAUGAAUCUCGGACAUGGACCUUAGCAGGACGUCUCUUACCGGAGAAACCAGUGAAGUUUGAAGUUUUUCAGAGGGUAAUGGCGGCGGCUUGGAAACCUGCGAUGGGGGUCCAAAUCGAACAGGGAGGCGAGGGAGUUUUCCUUUUUCAUUUCUUCCAUGAAAAAGAUAUUGAGCGGAUAAUCGAGGAAGGGCCGUGGUCUUUCGACAAUUGUACGCUGGUCUGCAAACGAGUGGAAGCAGGGGAGAAUAUUCUGGCAAAGGAUCUGAACUUAGUGGAGAUGUGGGUACAGGUACAUGACCUCCCGCUUGGAUACACUUCUCUGGCUAUUUUGGAAAUGGUGGGUAAGUCCUUGGGCAGUUUUAUUAAACUGGAUUCUGCUAAUGUGAACCGAGCUUUCAAGGGUUUUUACGGGAUAAGGGUUGCUCUUAAUGUUUUUAAACCUUUGAAACGAAGACUGAAACUAAUAAAAUGAGAUGGGACGCCUACUUGGGUGAACUUUAAGUAUGAGCGCCUGAACAUGUUUUGCUAUUUUUGUUGGGUCAUGGGACACCUUGCUAAGCAUUGUAGAGAAGCUAUACUCUCUCCGAUGAAGCCAGAGCAUUAUCCAUUUGACGAUUCUUUGAAAGCGGGGAGUAGAAAGAAAGAUGCUGAGUAUGGGACACAAUGGUUACGAUGUGGUCCUCCAUCCAAGGAAGAAAGGGAGAGCAACAAAGGGGUGGUGAAGAUGGCAAACACUGACUUAGAGGAAGAGGGGAUUGGCCUUAUUACAAAACGUAAAAGGGGAGAGAACUCUACAGCGUACUCAGGAGAUGAUGUCAUGGUGCUUUCGGAUAGUUCAAAAAACGUGGUGAGGGCAGGUCCUGGACUCCAGGCCUGCCCAGAGCAAUGAGUACCCUGAGUUGGAACUGCCGUGGGUUGGGCAACCGACGGACAGUUCGUGAAUUAACGGAGGUUAUCUCCGCAAAAAAGCCCGAUUUUGUUUUUUUGAUGGAAACCAAAGGUGACCGGAGGUGUGCUGAGGAGCUGCGUGUGAAGGUGGGUUUUGAGGGAGUUUUUGUUGUAGAUAGCAUUGGACGAAGUGGGGGAUUAGCUUUCUUUUGGAGAAAGAACUCUACAGCUCGUUUGCUCAGUUAUUCGCGAUACCAUGUUGAUAUUGUUGUGUCAAUUAGAGACUUCCCCCCUUGGCGACUUACGGGAUUCUACGGGAAUCCAAGAAGAGAUCAGAGAUAGGCUUCAUGGGAGUUAUUAAGAUCUUUGCAGCAGAAAUCUGAUCUUCCAUGGAUUGUUGUGGGUGAUUUUAAUGAUUUAUCCUUAGCAUCAGAAAAACGUGGGGGGAACCCCCACCCCCCAUCAUUGCUGGAGGGUUUCAACUCAGCUUUGUCGGAUUGUGGUUUGUCUGAUCUUGGGAUGAAGGGCUACCCAUUUACUUGGGAACGUGGAAGGGGAUCCGACUCUUGGAUUGAGGAACGUUUGGAUAGAAUGGUUGCCACAAGUGCAUGGCGUCAACUUUUCGGUCAGGCUAUAGUGUUCAACAUUCUCCUACGGCAGUCAGAUCAUUCGGCUAUUUUCCUCUCAAUCCACAAGCCUCAUAAGGUUGCUCGUUCUUAUCGCUUCCGUUUUGAGAAUGCAUGGCUCAGAGAUGCAGGUUGUAAGGAAGUUAUUUCGGCUGCAUGGAGGGAGACAAUGGGGAUGGAUUUACCUCAGAAAUUGGAAAGAUGUGGUAGUAAGCUGAUGACUUGGGGGGGAGAACACUUCCAUAGGUUUGGUAAGAAAAUAAAAAGUUUAAAGGCGGAGGUGAAUAAAUUUCGUGAUAAAAGAGAUACAGAGGGCCUCCGAAAGUUCAGGGAGGCAGACGCUAAACUCCAUCUAUUGCUUGAACAGGAGGAUGUUUACUGGCGUCAACGGGCCAAACAACAUUGGCUUCGCUCUGCGGAUGCGAAUACACGUUUCUUUCAUCAGUAUGCCUCACACAGGAGGAAGAAAAAUUUGGUUGAAAAGCUAAAGGGUAUGGACGGAACUUGGUGUACUGGAGAGGACUUGGCUAGAGAAAUCCAUGGCUACUAUAAUAACAUCUUCUGUUCAGAGGGUAGUGGUAAUUCCAACUUUUUUACUACUAUUCCACAGAAGAUUUCUAACGCCCUCAAUUUGACUCUUCUGAGUCCUUUUACAGAACAGGAGACGAUAGCCUCUUGUUCUUUCGGGCUCUUGAGGAGGAGGCUAGUCAAGUACUUUGGUGCCUUUCGGAGUAUGAAAGGCUCUCGGGGCAGGUUAUAAAUUUUCAUAAAUCCAGUGUAUGCUUCAGCUUGAACACACCAGAGGCCGUUCGAAGAUGGAUUUCGAGCUUCUUUAAAGUUACAGAAGCCGAAGACUUUGGCAAGUAUCUGGGCUUACCCUCUUUCUUGGGUAGAAACAAAAGAGCAGUUUUCUCUUAUAUCGCAGACCGGAUACGUCAACGUGUGACAUCAUGGAAUAAAAAGCUACUUUCAAAAGGAGGUAAAGAAAUUUUACUUAAAUCG